AUGGAGCUGCUCUAUGGGGCUGCUCUAUGGUGCUGCUCUAUGGAGCUGCUCUAUGGGGCUGCUCUAUGGGGCUGCUCUAUGCUGCUGCUCUAUGAUGCUGCUCUAUGGUGCUGCUCUAUGGAGCUGCUCUAUGAUGUAAUGAACGCCACGCACCAACUCCACUGCUCUGGCUCUGUGUGUCUCCUACCUCCUAACUCCUCUCUCCUACCUCCUGUCUCCUACCUCCUAACUCCUGUCUCCUACCUCCUAACUCCUGUCUCCUUCCUCCUAGCUGCUGUCUCCAUGCAUCUGUGUGUCUCCAAAAUCCAAUCUCCUCUGUCCUAG